UCCGGAGAGCCGAACUGCGCACGUGCGGCCAAGAAGGAAGUAACGCCACCUGGGGAGCUGCGCGGUGGCGCUGCCGUGGAGGCGCGUCUCCGGCAACAUGUCUCACCUGCCGAUGAAACUGCUGCGCAAGAAGAUCGAGAAGCGGAACCUCAAGUUGCGGCAGCGGAACCUCAAGCUGCAGGGUUACGAAUUCCGAAGACAACUUUUGCCAAGGGCCUCAGAUGUGAGCCUGUCAGAACCCCAGAAUGGAGACGUGCCUGAAGCAGCAGUGGCAGGUGCGAAAGCUAAGAAGUCCCUGAAACACGCCAUGAGUGUGGGCCUGUCAGAACCCCAGAAUGGAGACAUGCCUGAAGCAGCAGUGGCAGGUGCGAAAGCUAAGAAGUCCCUGAAACGUGCCACAAGUGUGAGCCUGUCAGAAGCCCAGAAUGGAGACAUGCCUGAAGCAGCAGUGGCAGGUGGGAAAGCUAAGAAGUCCCUGAAACGUGCCUCAAGUGUGAGCCUGUCAGAAGCCCAGAAUGGAGACAUGCCUGAAGCAGCAGUGGCAGGUGGGAAAGCUAAGAAGUCCCUGAAACAUGCCAUGAAUGUGGGCCUGUUAGAAACACAGAAUGGAGCCUUGUCUAAAGAAACAGUGAAGAAAGUAAAAGUUAAAAAAUCCCCCCAGAAAUCUGCUGUGUUAACCAACGGAGAAGCAGCAACAGAGUCGCCCGAUCCAGAAUCGAAAAAGAAGAAGAAGAAGAAGAAGAAGAGAAAACUGGUGAAUGAUGCUGGGCCUGAUACCAAAAAAGCAAAAAUUCAAGAAGAAGGCACCAAGGCUCCUACAGAAACAGAAGACAGUGUGGAAGCACCAGACAAUGAGGAGGAUGACAGUGAGGCUCCCAGCCUGCCCCUGGGACUGACAGGAGCUUUUGAAGAUAGUUCAUUUGAUUCUCUAACUAAUCUUGUCAAUGAAAACACUCUGAAGGCAAUAAAAGAAAUGGGCUUUACAAACAUGACUGAAAUUCAACAUAAAAGCAUCAGACCACUUCUGGAAGGCAGAGAUCUUCUAGCAGCUGCAAAAACAGGCAGUGGCAAAACCCUGGCGUUUCUCAUCCCUGCAGUUGAACUUAUUGUUAAGUUAAAGUUUAUGCCCAGGAAUGGGACAGGAGUCCUUAUUCUCUCACCUACUAGAGAACUGGCCAUGCAGACGUUUGGUGUUCUUAAGGAGCUGAUGACUCACCAUGUUCACACAUACGGCUUGAUAAUGGGUGGCAGUAACAGAUCUGCUGAAGCACAGAAGCUUGCCAAUGGGAUCAACAUCAUUGUGGCCACGCCCGGCCGGCUCCUGGACCAUAUGCAGAAUACUCCUGGGUUUAUGUACAAAAACCUACAGUGUCUGGUUAUUGAUGAGGCUGAUCGCAUCUUGGAUGUUGGAUUCGAAGAGGAAUUGAAACAAAUUAUUAAACUUUUGCCAACACGCAGACAGACCAUGCUCUUUUCUGCCACACAAACUCGAAAAGUUGACGAUCUGGCAAGGAUUUCUCUGAAAAAGGAGCCUUUGUAUGUUGGUGUUGAUGACGAUAAAGCUAAUGCAACAGUGGAUGGUCUUGAGCAGGGAUAUGUGGUUUGUCCCUCAGAAAAGAGAUUCCUUCUGCUCUUUACAUUCCUUAAGAAGAACCGAAAGAAGAAACUGAUGGUCUUCUUUUCAUCUUGUAUGUCCGUGAAAUACCACUAUGAGCUGCUGAACUACAUUGAUUUGCCUGUCUUAGCUAUCCACGGAAAGCAGAAACAAAAUAAACGUACAACCACAUUCUUCCAGUUCUGUAACGCAGACUCCGGGAUAUUGCUAUGUACAGAUGUGGCAGCAAGAGGGCUGGAUAUUCCUGAAGUUGACUGGAUUGUUCAGUAUGACCCUCCAGAUGACCCUAAGGAAUAUAUUCACCGCGUAGGUAGAACAGCCAGGGGCCUAAAUGGACGAGGGCAUGCCUUGCUCAUUUUGCGCCCAGAAGAAUUGGGUUUCCUUCGUUACUUGAAGCAGUCUAAGGUUCCAUUAAGUGAAUUUGACUUUUCUUGGUCUAAAAUUUCUGACAUUCAGUCUCAGCUUGAGAAGUUGAUUGAAAAGAAUUACUUUCUUCAUAAGUCAGCCCAGGAAGCAUACAAGUCAUACAUCCGAGCUUAUGAUUCCCAUUCUCUGAAACAAAUCUUUAAUGUUAAUAGCUUAAAUUUGCCUCAGGUUGCACUGUCUUUUGGUUUCAAGGUGCCUCCCUUUGUUGAUCUGAAUGUGAACAGCAACGAAGGCAAGCAAAGAAAGAGAGGAGGCGGCGGUGGGUUCGGCUAUCAGAAAACCAAGAAAGUUGAGAAGUCCAUAAUCUUCAAGCACAUUAGCAAGAAACCGACCGACCGCCGGCAGUUCUCUCACUGAAGACACAUCUUCCUUUGAUCUUGAGUAACUUGGUCCUGGAAUCAAUUUUUUUCCUUUUCUAACAAAGGAAUUUUUGUAGCCUUUAAAUUUGAACUCAACUAAUGAGUGUUCAUUGGCUCAGGUUGCAAACAAUGAACGCGGUGAUUUCCAGCAAGUCUCUUGUAUUUUUGAGAUUUGGGGGCAUAUAAAGCAGACUUUAAUUAAUUUCUUGGUUGCCCAAGGGCAAAGCAAGGAAUCUUUCUCUUUUCUGAUGAUACGGUAUAUUGAUUUUAAAUAUACUUCCCUCUUUA